AUGCCUACCUAUUCUGGCCCGAGUCGAGCGACCGCCCCCGGAUCUUCGUUCAGUACUCCCCAUCGUCCGGCCCAGAAAUAUGAUUUGAAUACGCUCCUGACUCAGGACUGGGACGACCUGGAAGUUAUCGACUUGACCCGGGACGCCGAUCCUGUUCCAAGAGGAAGCCGCCCAAAAGAAGACGUCCCAAAAGAACUUUACGGAUCACUUGACACCAAGAUCGUUGGUGUUCGGUUCUACAACGGCUAUGCUUCCCCGGGCGAAUUCGUUCUCUUGGAAAGAGAACCAACGAAUCCGUAUGAUCCGAAUGCCAUCCGGGUCCAUAGCGUCUUCAAUCUCCAGAUGGGACACCUGCCGCGCCCCGUGGCCACAAAGUUAGCUCCUUAUAUGGAUCGAGGGGAUAUAUCUGUCGAGGGAGUCUUGACAGGUGAAAAGACCUUCUACGACUGCCCCGUCAAACUCAACCUGUACGGGCCCAACGAUCGGCCCUCCAGAAUCGCUCUCGAGGUCGCUCUUAAAAGGGAUCAACUUCUCGCCCCAAAGGAACUUCAGCGGACCAGGACCGAGGCGGAAGCUCGGAGAGCCCCGAAGCCUCCCACCAGACCCGCAGGCAGGUCAACCGACUUUGGAACCGACUUUGGAACCGACUUUGGAACCGACUUUGGGUCCAGCUUUGGAUCCAGCUUCGGAUCCAGCUUCGGAUCCAGCUUUGGUGCCGACCAGCUACGACAAUUCGGAAUUUCUAUGGCUGAUCUCUUAGAGGUGACCGAAGCCGUUGAGCUUCCACGACAAGAUGCUAUCAAAUCCCUCGCUAUGAGCGAGAAGGAGCUAGAAAAGAUGCCCAUGGCAGACCAGCCCGAGAAGAUGAAAGCUCAACUUCUUCCUUACCAGCUACAGGGCUUGGCGUGGAUGAUGUCGAAGGAAAAGCCACAGCUGCCCAAAAAGGGCUCGGACGAUUCUGUUCAGCUGUGGAAAUGGCAUCCGGCAGGGCGUGGAAUGAUCAACAUCGCAACAAACCACUUCAGUCCCGGACAGGCCAAGCUGCUAUCCGGCGGCAUCUUGGCAGACGAUAUGGGUCUGGGAAAGACAAUCCAGGUCAUCAGCCUAAUCGUAGGCACCGCCGGAUCGGGUCCGACUUUGAUUGUGGCGCCCGUAAGUGUCAUGAGCAACUGGCGGCAGCAGAUCCAGAGACAUGUUGCCAAGGAACAUCUCCCGAGCGUGCUCGUGUACCACACCUCGGCUGGACCGUUGACGAAAGGCCUGGGCAAAUACGACGUUGUCAUCACCAGCUAUGGCAAGUUGACCAGAGAGAAGGACUCCCGCACCGGCCCUUUGAUGUCCGUCAAAUGGAGACGCGUAGUGCUGGACGAGGGCCAUACCAUUCGGAACGCGAAGACAAACGUGGCUCAAGCGGCUUGUCAACUGACCGCCACGUCCCGUUGGGUGCUCACCGGGACUCCCAUAAUCAACACCGUCAAAGACCUGCAGUCGAUGUUGGCAUUCCUCCGUAUGACAGGAGGCAUUGAGAAGCCGCCGGUCUUCAACAGCAUCAUAGCCCGGCCACUGUCCCAUGGCAGGCCCGUGGCAGAGGCUCUACUCCAGAACAUCAUGGGCGAUCUUUGUCUUAGACGCCAUAAGGAGAUGGACUUCGUCGACUUGAAGCUUCCUCCCAAGACCGAAUACGUGCAUCGUAUCGCCUUCAGGCCCGACGAGAAGGUUCGGUAUGAGACGUUGCUCGACGAGGCCAAAUUCAUGCUGAACAAGUUCCGCAACCACCAAGUCGAAUUCUCUGGCGUUCUCGAACGUUUGCUGCGUCUUCGCCAAAUGUGCAAUCAUUGGACACUCUGUCGAAAGAAGUUCGACGAGCUCAUGGAGCAACUUGACGGUGAAGAAGUCGUCGCCCUGAAUAGCAAGAACACGGCCAUUCUGCAAGAGGCCCUCCAGGUCUUUAUUGAAACCCAGGAAGACUGUCCUGUUUGCUUUGAACCUCUCACUGCGCCGGUCAUCACGCACUGCAAGCACGUCUACUGCCGGCCAUGCAUCACACGCGUCAUCGAGGUUCAAGGCAAAUGCCCGAUGUGUCGCAACGCGCUCAGCGAGGCAGACUUGGUUGAACCUGCUCCUGAAGUGAGUGAACUAGACGAGGAUUUCGACGGGGACACCAAGAGCUCCAAAACGGAGGCGCUGCUCAAGAUUCUCGAGGCGACUUGCAAAGAUCCGCGGUCCAAGGUAGUCAUCUUCUCGCAGUGGACUUCCUUUCUCAACAUCAUCCAGGCGCAGGUGACCGAGGCGGGCUAUAAGUACACCCGUAUCGAUGGGACCAUGAAGACGGAGAUGCGGGACGCCGCCAUUACAGCUCUCGACGAAGACCCCGAGACCAGGAUCAUGCUAGCCAGCUUGUCGGUCUGCAGCGUCGGGCUCAACCUCGUGUCGGCGGACACGGUCAUUCUCGCCGAUAGCUGGUGGGCGCCCGCCAUCGAGGAUCAGGCGGUGGACCGGGUGCAUCGACUGGGCCAGACGCGGCCGACCAAGAUUUGGAGGCUCGUCAUGGAGGAGUCCGUCGAGGAGCGCGUCCUUGACGUUCAGGCCAAGAAGCGAGAGCUCGUUAGCAAAGCCUUCCAGGAGAAAGCCAAGGGAAAGAAGACGCAAGUAACUCGGAUGGAUGAUGUUGUCAAGCUUCUAUCUUAA